UCUAAUGAAAGUCUCAGUGAAAUUUUCUGUUUCUCUACGAGUUUCAUAAAUCUUUAGUCGCUCGAUAGAAAAAUGUCAUCGGAGCAAAUUUUUAUUUUGGAAGCGCUCGUUAACAGGAUUAUCCUGCAGCCGCACAUAGCCAUAGAAAAUUUAGACGAGUUAUGCUUGAGGUUCAAAUUUGCACAGAUUGUGAAUUUCGAUAUCGAUACCACGUACUUUCCACUGCCUGAAUACGACGAAAAUAAUCCACGAGUGAUCAAAAUGAAUUUUGGAAAAACGUUUUUAUUCACAAGUAGACCGUCGACCCUAAGGAACCUACUGGAAACCGAACCUCUGGAAAUUGGCCUUUACGAUGGUGUCAAGUUGUGCGGGUCAGUCACUGUACCUUGGAAAUUGGAAUUCUCUGAAAUGAUUAAGUUUUUUGAAACGAUUGGAAUGGUUAAAUCUUGCGUAAUUCAUGAAUUGUUCCCCUUUACUUCCGACUAUGAUACCAAAGUCGCCGACAUUGACAUAUUCCUGAAGAUGUCCUGUUUUGGCGAAAACGUCCAGACCUUGUUUCAGGUUCGCCAUUUCGGAAAAAAUCAAGAAUUAAUUUUUCGGCAAGGAAAUAAGUCAGAGACAUUUAAAUGUGAAAGGUUUGAAGACGAAAGAACUGAGCCUUUGGUAGCGGCGCUGUACAGUGGAAUUGCGGAUUUCGGAAUCGUUUCCGAUAUUAACGUUAAACAAAAUGUUUCUCUGACAGCGUUGUUCGAGAAUACUAUCGCCGCCACUGCUACUCCUAGUACAUAUAAUACGUCGCCGCCGCGAGAAGACGAAGGUAUCGAUGUGGAUUUCGUAGACAAGGAUGUGAUUUCGAUAUCUUUUAGGCCACCUCAGAACAAGUUUUUGGAUUUUAUAAAUAUGGUUAGUGCAGACAUUAAAGAUCAAGUAAAAGCGACGGUCACUAUACCAAGAGGUCAGGUGGCGCGCGUUCGCUCGUUUCUGAGAAACCUGGAAAAUCAAGAAAAAAAGAAAUCCGAUGCUCUUCAACUUACUUCAGAAAGCAUUGCCAGCAAACUAUGCGGUAAUAAGGAUUGUCCUGGCGUAAGGAGGUUCAAAAAAUAUGGUAUUGGUCCACUGGCACCAGGAAGCGCAUUAGGUACACUAUAUGAAUUUGUUGAACCUCCAGUUGUCUACGGCCUUAGUCAUACUUACGGAACUUUAUGUAAUUAUGGACCACUGGGAGUAUUUUCCAAACCCAAGCAUGAAGACGAGCCAUUUACACCCAUGAAGCCACCAUCCAGUUUAAAACUAAAUCAAUCUGCACUAUUGAAAACGAAAUGUGAACACCAUUGCAAGCAUCAAAAGAAAGUUAAAACGUCGAAAACAUGGCACAGCAGCACAUGUCCAUUAAGACUCAGAGGUGGCGGAGGAGGCGAUUGUCCAUUAACGCCGAUAUCACCGAUGGUUGAAUGCAAAUCCGUAAUGGACAAGUUCGAUGAUAUCUUAGCUGCUUACAGGAGAGCCCUCGGUCCUUGUGGCCAAGCGGUUUGUCCUUACGCUCAAAAUAUAUCCGUGGAGACAUGCAAAAAAUCGUGCGUUCACACGGACGCGAUGCCGGUGCAAGAAAUUCAUUUCAAAACUGAACUGCCACCUACGGAAGUUGAGCCUCAAGAAAAUAGGUAUCCCGCGGGAUGUGGUUCGCUCAAAUGCGCGUACGCGAAAUACAAAAUCGGACUGUUGGACGAAGAUGCUCAAUUGGAGCUGCAGUUUUUGCCACCUGCGUUAAGGAGUAGCUGCGGGGAUCCCAAAUGCAAAUAUCCACCGACACCGGAAUUGCCCCCGAUUCAUUGGGAUUGUCCAGAUCCACUGCCCAAAGAUCAAUGCAAGAAUCCAAAUUGUCCUCUUUUACCAAAAUUACUGAGAAAACUUCAACCAAAACAAAUGAUGAAAGGACCAUGCGGGAGUUCGGAAUGUUCGUAUGCUGUACCAGAGCCAUGCGACAACCCAACGUGCCCGUUUUUACAAAAAGCAUGUCCAAUGGCAACAGAACAGGCGGCCACCAAAUCGAAGAGCGAAGAAACGACUUGCACGAAUCCAGAAUGUCCUUUCGCGAGCGAGAAUAUUAACAAAACCAUAAAUGACGAAAAUGAUCCAAAAUUCAAGGGAGAAUUUGAAACGUGCGGAAAUCCCGAUUGUCCUUACAAUAAUCCUGUAUCUGAGAAAGGCUCUAGAGUCGAAAUUUGCAAUAAUCCAAAAUGUCCUUUCAAAAAAAAAUCCAAAAUGAGGCAAACUGUAUCCAGGAAUGGGAAGAAAUACAAAGCAAACAACAAAUUCUUUAACAAUUUCGCAUGGGACUGCAAUAAACAAAAAAGUAAAAGCAGUAUCGACGGAAGUGUUUGUUCCAACCCACAGUGUCCAUACAACAUGAAAACAAAGGAAGAUAAAAGCAAAAAUGAAGACUGUAGUUGUGAAAAGGAGGACAAAAGCAUUUGUUCAAAUACAGAAUGUUCCGAAUUCAAAGCGAGACCUUUAAAACAAUCGGAGCAAAAAUCUGUUUGCGACGACCCUUACUGCCCAUAUGGGCAGCCCCUGCCAUCGUGUGGGAUCCCAAACUGUCAAUACGAACUACUUUCCGCUUCCUUUUACUGCGAAAAUCCCGUGUGUCUAGUUAAAAAGGAUAAAUGUCGAGUAAACAGUGCAUCUGAAGAAGAGAAACAAGUUGUCGUAGAUACAACAGCAGCGAAUGCUUCAAUAUGCGAUCAUGUACCUUGCGAAGAUAAGCCCGGAGAAGAGUGCGAGAAUCCGGACUGUGGCUUUACAGUGGAAAAACCAAAAAGGAAAUGUAAGAGGGGCCGAAAGAAAAGAAGUAAAUUCGUCUACACCAUUGGAGAUACAUAUCCGGGAACCAAAUUAGGUCACAGAGAGUGUAUAACGCCCAGUUUUAUGGUUCCACCGAAUAUGGGAUGGCUGUGGAAUAUCCGGACCCCCAUAUUGAAUUUGAAACCUAGAAGAGGUUGGAGGCCCGGUGCUUUAACCAGAAUCAUUGCUCAACGAAUUCGGGCUCAUAGACAAUCUAAAGGAUUAGGUAUGUUCGCACUUCCGAGUUUCAAAACGGAGGGGGCUCAAUAUAACGAGCUCAAACUUCAACCGAAGCCAACAUUACAAAUUCAAAAAAAGGAAGGUUGUUAUUGGAUUACUAUGAAUCCCCUAAAAGAUCCGCAUAGUUUGAGUGAGAAUGAAAACCCUUAUAUGGAAUGUAGCCCGAUGACAUUCAAAAUAACAAAAAACAACAAAUCGAUGGACAUCUGUUGCUGCAGCGACGAGGAUAUGAGGAAAUCUGUCUCAUCAUCUAGCAGCGAGCUGGAUAUCGAAUUUACUCCCCCAGCGGGCAUUAUUCAUCCCGAGCGAUUUAAGAAAAAGCGUGAUGUCGCCUGUGCGGAGUGUCAAUACGAUCCGUUCGAUUUUGAAGUUCAAACGAAGAAAGACGAGAAAAAGUCUGAUAAAAAAUCAGCCGGCAAAAAGACCCAACAGGCAAAAAAGGGAAGAAAAAAAUAGUUUUUUAAAGCAAAAGAAAAAAUAAAUAAA